AUGCUAGUAUCCAUUAUUAAAGAAGAAAUAGCAGAGUAUUUAGAAAAGCUUAUGCAAUCUAAUGGAAUCGGUGUGGAAAAUCUCUUUGUGGAGCCCAAGAAGACAUUGCCGAAAACCCCGGUGAAAAAUAUCUCCACACCAAGCGCUAUGCGGUGGAGGGGAUGCAGCACCCCAGAUCAAGAUCAGGUGACUCCAGUUAAACACAGUGACAAAUCAUUGGCCGAGCCUUGGUCACCCACUGCCAACCUAAAGAUGCUCAUCAGUGCUGCAAGCCCUGACAUCAGGGACCGGGAGAAGAGAAAGGAGCUGUUCCGGCAGAUCGAAAAUGACAGGCUUCUCCGCUCGAUCAAUGAAGCAGCCACAAAUGAAUUUGAACAACAGCGGCCAAGUAGGAAACAAAAAAGCCUGGGGCUUCUGUGCCAGAAAUUCCUGGCCCGUUAUCCUAAUUAUCCCAUUUCCACUGAAAAAACAGAAAUUUCCCUGGAUGAAGUGGCAACUGAACUCGGAGUGGAACGCAGACGUAUUUACGAUAUUGUAAACGUCUUGGAGUCUCUUCAGCUCGUCAGCCGAAUGGCGAAGAACCAGUAUUCCUGGAAUGGCAUGUUGGGGCUUGAGCAAACACUGGCCACAUUAAAGAGGAGGGGAGAACAACACGGCUAUGCCAAGCAGCUGGCCCUUGCUCGCCACAAGGAGCUGGACUCUGAGGAAGCGGAGAAGGGAGAUGUUGCCCAAGAAAGGUGGAGCUGCUGCUGGGAGCUGAACAGGGAAACCCAGCCUGUGGAGGUGGAGAAUAAAUCGGCUUCAAUGAAUAGGAGGAAGGACAAGUCUCUGCGGAUCAUGACUGAGAAAUUUGUGAUGCUUUUCCUUGUAUCGGAACCAGAAACAGUGGCUCUCGAUAUUGCUGCUAAAAUCCUGAUUGAAGAGAGUCAGCAGGACUCAGCUGAUAACAGCAAGUUUAAAACUAAGAUCCGCAGACUCUAUGACAUAGCCAACGUGUUGACCAGUUUGGGACUCAUCAAGAAGGUUCAUGUGACUGAAGAGAAGGGCCGGAAGCCAGCGUUCAAAUGGGUUGGGCCUGUCUAUCAGAACCAGGCAAAUGGUUUUCCGGAUCAUUCUGUCUCCUUAUCAGCACCAACAUGUUCAUCAGAGAGUGUGUUUCCGGUCACAAAGGACAGGUUGGAAUGUUCUGCUUCAUUCAAUACUCAACACGGUUCCCAUGCUGACCAGUUAAAGGCUCAGUCUGCUCCUUGCAGCCCUGCUAAGUUUCAGACAGGUUUGUGUCUUAAUGAAAUGAUGACCGGUACCUACAGCAAUGCAGACUCCCAGCCCGUAAAUUCAGAAUCUGACCGAAAACAGGAAGAUGGUCAACUCCGAUCCAUUGCUUUGACAUCAUACCCAUUGUUGGUGACAGGCACAGCUGCUUCUGCUGUCUGCGCUGUCAAAACUCUGACAAACAAUGGCUUCUCGGUUCCCCAGACAGAACUGUCGCUGCCGGUCUGUCUGUCUAAUGGUGCAGUGGGGCACCUAACCCCUGUGUGUGGCACUGAUAGUAACUGUUCUCACCACCUCAAGAACCAGCCGGUUGUGGUGCUACAGAGUGUGUCAGCUGCCCCUGUCCUCAUGCUGUACAGAAACAGUGACUGCACACCUGGGCCCAGUGACACCCAAACCCAGCGACGCAAAGAGACUUCGUCACCCAUAACCAGGGAGAGUGAGGCCAGCUCAUUAACCAGAAACUCCAAGAAACGUGGCCCCACUGAGCAAUGUCCCCUACCUCCUGAACCUUGGGAAGAUGGUGGACCAGAGACUAAAAGAGGGAAAAUUCUCUCUUGCCUUGAACAUGCCUCUGGAAGCCAGCCAUCAGCGUUGUGUUUAUCAUCAAUGGACAAGCAGUCUUCUACCCAGUACCAAGAUCCUCUGAGGAAUUGUGCCAGAACUCCUGACCAGAUUUCGCUGCCUGCUGCCUCCCACUCAUCUCAAACCAUUAAUGUGAAUCUGGAGACUAGUUACCGCCCAGCAGGGGACCAGACUCCAAGCUGUUACCAAUACUCGGGCAAUGCUGAUGGACAGAACUCUACUGUAACAGUUACAAAGGGGCCUAUAGAUUUAUCUGUCACUAAACCUCUCACGAAAGACUCUAAUCAGGAGCCCCCAGUGGUCUCUGGAAAUCUUACGCCUGCUUCAUUUGUGCUCCAUGCUCCGUGUGGAUUGGCUGGAAGGAGCCAGAGCUGUGGAUCAGUCCCUCGUCCUGGGACGAACGAGUUGAAUUUGUUGCUUUCCACUAAUCCAAACCUUGCUGGUAUCACCAUCUCACCAGGACACGUGGGAUCUGUUAGUCUGCCCUAUCAGGUGAUGAUGCCAGUGCUUUGCCAACCUCUUGCUGCUCCAGAGUCGUUUGGCAACUCCAUUCCCAACAAUGGCCUUGUGCCUUUCAACCUGAAGCUGCUACCUAAUGCCCAGCUUUUAAUGGGUAGUGUUUCAGUACCAACACUGAAUGAAGAUGCUGUGAAAUCCUCCUCACCAACACGGCAGAUUUACUCCCCUGUGCCCACUCCGACAUCUCAAGGAGACCUUUGCAACAAACCAGACCCUGUGCCACAGGUGUCCAUUGCAAGCAAACUUCACGAGGAGUCGCUGAAUCUAAUAACGGCCAGGAAUGAUGCCCCAUCGUUUGUGGAAUCGUACUUCCAUACCCCAGUUCCUGCUGUGCAGAGAAAGAGAGUAGACUGUGUACAGGUCAAGGCAGUAUCUCCAGCCCAACGCAGACUGGAAAUUGAGAAUAAUAUCUUGAAAUAA